GGGCCAUUUCGGUAAAAUCGCGAGAAAUAUCAAAGAGCAGUUAGUGGCGUUCUCGGCCAGAAUUUUUCAUUUCCUACCGUCCAAACAACACGAAACGCAAAUUCACUACAAAAUUUUCUCCCUCAUUUGUUCUUAAUCUUCCAUUUUUUUUAUUUUUGCCACACCUGGUUCAGGACUGUGAUUGCCGGAGCUUUGUUUUCCCUCCAACUCUCUGCCGCAGACAUCUCUCCAUUGUUUUAUCAGCCUCCAGCAUCGGGUCUGGUUGAUGGUUUGUAUCUGUGUUUUUCUGAGCGGUUCUUGAUUUUGUUUGACUAGGUGUUUGAAUGAUUGGCAACCUUGUUACGAGUAUGUAAUUGAAUACUGGGUUUUUUGAAGGGCUUGUCUCAUAUUCCUGGAACCAUGGAUUUAUCUUGUAAUAUUUGGAAGCAAAAUGUGUUAUCUGGUAGUGAAAAAGCAUAUUGCAAGACGUUGGACCAGUUUGGUCCCAGCUAUGUGCUUAGAAGUAGAAUUAUUGAUGCCAAGUUGACUGGAGGUUCAAGGGUAAUUUAUAAAGUGUCGAAGAAAAGAAACAGAAUUGUAGCUGCGAGCAAUUCCAAUCAUUUGAGUCUGGUUUGUGCUAGCAAGUAUGAUGGUGCCUUGCAAAUUUGUAAGCACAAAAGAUUCUUGAAUUGUAACAAAACAUUUGGAAGAAGGAUGGGCAUGGUUUAUUCAGAGUGUCAAAGCAAUGAUUCUUUAUCAUUUAUUGAUGGAAAUGGCAGAAAUUUGGAAUAUGUGGGUACUGGUGAUGGAGGAUCCAGUUCUGAGCAUACUGAUGGUUUAGGGUCAGCUGGUUCCAGAGAAGCUGGUGGAGAAGCAGGAGCUGUAGAAACGGAUGCACUGACUGUGGAUGAGCUUAGAGAAUUGCUGCAAAAGGCUAUGACAGAAUUGGAAGUUGCGAGACUUAACAGUACCAUGUUUGAGGAAAAAGCCCAAAAAAUAUCAGAAGCAGCAAUAGCUUUGCAAGAUGAAGCGGCCAAUGCUUGGAAUGAUGUGAACUCUGCUCUUGAUUCUGUACAACAGACAGUGAAUGAAGAAUAUGCUGCCAAAGAAUCUGUUCAAAAAGCAACCAUGGCACUUUCAUUAGCAGAGGCAAGGCUUCAGGUGGCAAUAGAGUCAUUGGAGCUGGCAAAAGGAGGAAACGAUUCUCCUGAAACAUCAACAGAAAGUGAGGGGGAGAUUGAUGGCAAGGAAAAUCAAGAAGUGUUGUUAGUUGCUCAGGAGGACAUCAAAGAAUGCUGUGUUAAUUUGGAAACUUGUGAUGCGGAAUUGAAGCGCUUACAGAGUAAAAAGGAGGAGUUACAGAAGGAAGUGGACAGGCUGACUGAGUUAGCUGAAAAAGAACAAUUGAUUGCGUUGAAAGCUGAAGAAGAAGUGUCAAAUAUAAUGCUUUUGGCUGAGCAAGCUGUUGCUUUGGAACUUGAGGCUGCCCAAAGGGUCAGUGAUGCUGAAAUAGUUUUACAGAGAGUGGAGAAAUCUAUAUCAAAUUCUUUUGUUGACACUUCGGAAACCACACAGGGGUCAAAUAUUAUUGAAGAAGUUGCUAACGAGGACAAUAAGGCAGUUCUCGAAAUUUCUGGUGAUAUUGCUGUUGAAAUGGAUAGAGAUUUGCCACUUAUUGGUGAUUCCUUAGUUAUCAAAUCUCUUCCAGGUAGCUUUUCAGAUUCUGAAGACUCUGAUCAACCGUAUGACUUAAGUGAUAGUGAGAAUGGAAAAUUGAAUUUAGAUUCCUUAAAGGAGGUAGAAUCUGGAGCAGAGAAGUCUAUUUUGAGUCCAGCAAAAAAGCAGGAAACACAGAAGGAUUUGACCAGAGAAGGCUCAUCUUUAAAUUCCCCCAAGGCUUUAUUGAAAAAAUCUUCUCGCUUUUUCUCAGCAUCAUUCUUUUCCUUUUCGGCUGAUGGGGAAGAGUUCACUCCAGCAUUUGUCUUCCAGGGUCUCCUGGAUUCCACGAAAAAGCAAUUGCCAAAGCUUAUUGUUGGAGUAGUACUGUUAGGAGCAGGGAUCAGUAUCUUUGCAAAUCGAGCAGAAAGGAAUUCUCAUAUGUUUCAAAAGCCUGAUGUUGUCACCACUAGCACUGAUGAAGUUUCCUGGAAUACAAGACCUUUAUUUCAACAAUUAAGUAAACUUCCUCAAAAAGUGAAAAAGUUAAUUUCAAAGAUUCCGCAUCAAGAGGUGAAUGAAGAGGAGGCUUCACUGUUAGACAUGUUAUGGCUGUUGCUUGCUAGUGUUAUAUUUGUGCCAACAUUUCAGAAACUUCCUGGAGGAAGUCCUGUCCUUGGGUACUUGGCUGCUGGAAUUUUAAUUGGGCCAUAUGGUUUCUCCAUAAUCCGUCAUGUGCAUGGAACAAAAGCAAUUGCUGAAUUUGGAGUUGUUUUUCUCCUGUUCAACAUUGGCCUGGAGUUAUCAGUUGAGAGGCUAAGUUCCAUGAAGAAAUAUGUUUUUGGGUUAGGGUCUGCACAGGUUUUGGUUACAGCUGUGGUGGUUGGCUUGAUUGCUCAUAUUGUCUGUGGGCAGCCUGGCCCAGCUGCAAUUGUCAUUGGAAAUGGUUUAGCUUUGUCAUCCACUGCUGUUGUCCUUCAGGUGUUGCAAGAGCGAGGUGAGAGCACUUCGCGGCAUGGGCGAGCCACAUUUUCUGUCUUACUAUUCCAGGAUUUGGCUGUUGUGGUUUUGCUGAUUCUCAUACCUCUAAUUUCACCUAAUUCAUCCAAAGGAGGGGUAAGAACUUCUAAUACGUUGUCUUAUCCAGUGCAUGGCUAUGACAGUUAAUUGACAGUCUUAUUACGCAGUGACAGAGUUCAAAUUUAACACUCCCUUGGCACUCUCCGUUUUUCAU